AGGUCGGAAUCGUUUUUUUUUUUUUUUAAUCGUGAUGUCCUUCGUUGUGUUGUAACAGUAAAGUUUGACGUUUUCAGUCUUAACAAACUAUCUCAUUUCAAUGCAUGUGUGCUACUAAAUGGCUUAAUUCAUUGAUAUUCAAUAGUCAUCAGGCAAUAAAGAUGGAUCACAGUGAAACUGUGGAUAUUCAGGGAAGUGAGGGUAUUUCAUCUUCUGAACCUACUGGAACCUGUGAGGAUGAUGAACAUAUUUUGAGCAGCACUUUGCAAGCAGAUAACAUUGAAGAUGCUAGCUCAUUAUUACCUGACUGUGAAGAAGUGGAUUCUUACCAGUCAGAGUGUGAACAGUGGCUGGAGCUGUGGUCCGUGUAUCAGCGGGCGGCCGCUGAGCAGUUCGCGGCGCUGGCCGGCCUGUAUGACCAGCUGGAGACGGCGGCGCCCGGGACGGCCCGGGACAGUCCGCGGGCGGCCGGCGGACGCGCCAGGCUGGCAGUCCGAUACACCACCUGCAAACAGCUGCACGCCUCCAGCCAGCAGCAGUCGGCAUCGCUGGCCACCCAGGUGCGUCAACAGCUGCGGAUGCUCACCGCUCGCCUGCGCCGCUGCCGCGCUGCGUUUGUCGCCAUCGCGCGACUGGUGCAGUGGAGCUCACCAGACAGCGCGGCCGUCUGCCCGGAGGCUCUGGUGCCCGCCGUGCGCGCCGCCCUGGUGACGCUCACUGAGCGCGCUGAUACGCUGACUGCCGAGCUGUCCGAGGCCACCGGACGACUGGAGAGGACGCAGCAGAGGCUGCAGGAGACGACCGACCGUGGACCGGACUCGUCCAGGUCCUGUACACAGUCGGAGGACAGGGAGCAGCACAUCGAGCUGCUGCAGACCAGGGCCGACAACGCGCGAGCUCAGUCGGAGGAGCUGCAGACACAGCUCGCCGAGCUUCGGGAGACGAGUUCAGCGGCGCUUUCGAGGAGCGUCUCUCGGUUAGAGACGCUGGAGACGGAGCUGUUGGAGGCGCACACCAGAUACCGGGACUCGCAGCGGGAGCUGUUCCAAACACGGUCCCGGCUGUCGCGUGAGGUGGCCGCGCUGCGCUCCGAGCGGGACACACUGGCAGUGCGGGUGGACCGCUUCCAGCGGCUGACCGCCGCCGACGCCCAACACUCGGCUCUGCAGAAAGAGGCGGCCACGUCGGCUCUGCGAGCGCUGACAGCCGACCGACGACUGACCCUGUCCCGCCUGUCGGAGGCAGAGGCCGAACGGUCCCGACUUCUCGCCGGGUUCGAGCAGGCCAAACGAGCCUGGCAGGUGGAGCUGCAGCGUGUCGACAGGACCGAGCUGGUUGAUGACCUGCGGGGUCGACUGGAGGGAGCCGAGCGGCGACUGACCGAAAUGGACGCCGAACACCGCGACACUAGCGCCGCGCUGCGGGAGGAGCUGGCACUGCGCACCUCGCAGAUCGCCGACCUGACGGCGCAGCUGCAGCAGGCCAAGCGCACCAUCGUCGAGCAGGAGGUGCAGAACGAUUACCUCCAGCAGCGGCUGGAGGACCGUGGCGACUCGCCGCCCCCCUCCGACCUCUCCCAGGCGCCCACGGCGCGGCUCUCCACCGGCUCUGUCAGCGACUCGCGGCUCGCCAGGACGGCCGCCACGGCGCCCCGCGGCCAGAACACUGCUCCGUCGGACUCGUCGGCCGAGGAGCGGGACCAGCUGCGGCGCCAGGUGGCGCGGCUCACCACCGAGCGCGAGGAGGCCGUGCGCACCACGGAUAUGCUGCGCACGGAGCUGCGUGUGGCGCUGGAGGCGCUGCAGAAUCAGCGUCGGGAGGCCGACCUCCGGCUGAUGUCCUCGUCAGACACAAGGAUACAUGAACUGGGUCACAUGGAGCAGCAGAACCGGGAGCUUCGGGCGCUGGCCACCAGGUGGCAGCUGCGAGCCGAGGCCAGCGAGCGCGUCAGCCGAGAGAUCAGUGGGACGCUGGAGCAAGAGCGCACCAAACGGCUCGAGAUGGAGUCGUCACUGGUGGAGGCCUCGGAUAAGAUGCGCGAGAUUCAGCAGCAGCUGGAGAGGCAGGAUCAGUACUCCACCUGGGCCAAACUUAACCAGAGCCUGCAGCUGAAGCAGGUAGAGUCCGUCAUGCUCUCUCUUCUGAAGGUCGCUCCGCGCUCAGUCAGUGGCGUCACCAACUCUCCCCGCGACGCGGCGCCACCGUCGGGCGGCGGCGGUGAGGUGGCGCCACCGUCGCACUCUGACCCGGUCUCGCCGCGGGGCAUUCUGAAGCGUCGGCAGUGGUCCCCGCCGCCGGCCUCCGGCGCCGACUGCUCGGGAGGUUCCCUGACCUCCACUGACGCCGAGGUGGAGGUGGGAACUGACGCCUCGCUGGCCACCACCGAGCCGGAGCGGUUCGAGGAGCUCUCCGGACAGCCGUGUGACUCGGACGGGGACGGCGACCCGCUCUGAGGGGAUGAAUCAGGCCGGGAUCGUUUCAUCAGCAGGCGGUUGUUGUGGAAAGGGACGGCUGAGAUCUGAAAUUGGGUCCUCCGAGCUUAUGUGAUGCGUCACUGGAUCUCCCGCUGCCCGGCCUCUCAGUGCCAGCUGUGCCAAGAAGAUCGGGAACUGACCUGAAAUGUUUAUCACACCUGAACGCUACGCUUAAACACAUUAUUCAUGAUCCGUAGACGUUAGACAUAGGACUGCUUUAGCUAGCUAGCAGCUAUUUUGGAGAGACUUCUAUUGUUUUUGUUCAUGAAGGAACGUAGAUGUAGCAAUGUUUCGACAUUGGACCUAAGUACAAAGAUGCUGCCAUGUUUGCUCCUCACGCUCAGUCCGUGGAGCCAACUGUUGGCUGUCAAGCGAGCUCGUCGCGUUUUGGCAUGGUUUUCGUGAGUAGGCAAUCAAUCGUUAAGUCCCUGAUUGGAUGCUCGUUGAGUAUGAAAAAGAUAGGUCAGGACCGGUCCAGCGACAGAGUUGAGCUCGUUUGUAGCAUGCUAGGGACCAAAUCGUCUUGAGUGCCACCAUACGGCAUGAAAUCGGUACUGCUUUUAUUGCUCUGGCCCUGUUCAGGCAGAGAGUCAGCUGUCGCAUGAUAUACAUGGAACUACCUUUUC